AUGCGCGUCCUCUCCGUGGUCCUCCUCGCCGCAACGUGCGCGGCGGCGGCCGGAGGCGGCGGGGAGCUUCCGGAGUUCCGGGAGGCUCCGGCGUUCCGCAACGGCGCGGCCUGCGCGGGCGCGCCGACGAUCCACAUCGCGAUGACGCUGGACGCCACCUACCUGCGGGGCUCCCUCGCCGGCGUCCUCUCCGUGCUCCGCCACGCCGCCUGCCCGGAGUCCAUCGCCUUCCACUUCGUCGCCUCCUCGGCUUCCCCGGCGCGCCGCCUCGCCUCGCUCCGCCGCGCGCUGGCUGCCGCCUUCCCGACGCUCCCGGCCACCGUGCACCGCUUCGACGCCCGCCUCGUCCGGGGCAAGAUCUCCUCCUCCGUCCGGCGCGCGCUGGACCAGCCCCUCAACUACGCCCGCAUCUACCUCGCGGACCUCCUGCCGCGCUCCGUCUCCCGCGUGCUCUACCUCGACUCCGACCUCCUCGUGGUCGACGACGUCGCCCGCCUCUGGGCCACCGACCUCGGCCCCGACGCCGCCCUCGCUGCCCCCGAGUAUUGCCACGCCAACUUCACCUCCUAUUUCACCGACGUGUUCUGGCGCCACCCCGAGUACGCCGCCGUCUUCGCCAACCGGACGUGCGUCCCCUGCUACUUCAACACCGGGGUCAUGGUCAUCGACCUGGACAGGUGGCGCUCCGGCGGGUACACCGCGAAGCUGGAGUACUGGAUGGAGGUGCAGAAGCAGGAGGCCAGGAUUUACGAGCUGGGCUCCCUCCCGCCGUUCCUGCUGGUGUUCGCCGGCGAGGUGAAGGCCGUGGAGCACCGGUGGAACCAGCACGGGCUCGGCGGCGACAACGUGGAGGGGCAGUGCCGGGAGCUGCACCCCGGUCCGGUCAGCCUGCUGCACUGGAGCGGGAAGGGGAAGCCGUGGCUGCGGCUGGACGCCGGCCGGCCGUGCCCGCUCGACGCGCUCUGGGCGCCCUACGACCUUCUUCGCCGCCGCGGCGCCCGGGACGACCUCCUCGCCGCCGUCGCCUGA